GUUUCGCCGUUGGGGGAGAGGAAGGACGAACCGCCAGUGGAACGUCGAGGGGGUGCUGAGGGGGGCGCCGAGGGGAUACCGGUGGGGAAGGCAUUUCCCCUCGGCCCGUUCCCUGAUUAGUUGAUACCCGACCGUUGUGGAGGUCGGUAUGCUCCGCUCCUCAAUAAUUCUCUCAGUUUCAAAGUUAUCCGUUAUUAUUUCGACGACUGCUCAUGCUCUCCCAGCGUGUAACACGUAUUUGGAUAAAUUACACUGUGAUUACACGAGUGAAUGCCAAGUUGUGAGUGAUAAUAGUGAUGGGAUACAAUGAAGAAUGUGUGGUUCAAGUGGUAACAGUACUUGUGAUGAAAGUUUCGUUGGUUAUUGUCGAGUGAAGUACGGGAAUUUAUGGUGUGGGUGUGAGGUGUUGGUGGGUUAUUUUUGAUAAAUAAUCGAUAGGAUUUUUUAAAGUGCACUCCAGUGGAAGAGCAGGUUAGGAUGUAUCCCAGUGCUGGCAUUAAUGCGGCAGCUGUGGCCGCAGCAGCUGCUGCACGACACCCGGGGCCACCGCAACCAGGACAGCCGUUCAAGUUCACGGUGGGGGAAUCUUGUGAUAGGAUUAAGGAGGAAUUCAAUUUUCUACAAGCGCAAUAUCACAAUAUGAAGCUGGAAUGCGAGAAAUUGGCGACGGAGAAAAUAGAAAUACAGAGACACUAUGUGAUGUACUAUGAAAUGUCUUAUGGACUCAACGUCGAAAUGCACAAACAGACGGAGAUAUCAAAGCGGUUGAACGCGAUAAUUGUUCAAAUUCUCCCCUACUUAUCGCAAGAGCAUCAGCAGCAGGUGUUGACAGCAGUAGACAGAGCAAAACAAGUAACAAUGACUGAGCUAAACUCCAUAGUCGGGCAACAGAGACCAGAUAUUCCCAGGCUACUCCAGCAAAUGCAUGCUCAGCAGUUGCCACCGGGUGCUGCGAUAGGUCCUCAUCCAGGAUUACCUGGACUCCCAGGGCUCGGUCCUGCGGGGGGUCUUCCUGUCCCAACAUCUGCAUCAGCAGCACUUCUCGGACUCGGACUGACCCCUGGCGUUGCUGGGACCCCGGGAACUGCUGGGGCCCAUCCACUCUCGAUGCUCGGCAAGCCAGAACUUCAUAGGGGUCAGCCCGAUGAUCUCAAGAGCAAUGGUCUCAGUUCGACGGAAGAACGACACCGAAGUUCAAUAUCACCAGCGGACAAAUACAGUAGACCGCGUACCCCCCAGGAAUCCCAUCAUGCGCAUCACUCGCAAAAUCAUCACGAUCAUCCAAUGCACAUUAAAAAAAUGAAAAAAGAGCAAGACAAAGAUGUGGGUCACAGUGACGGUGAAAAAAGCGAUCAAGAUCUAGUGGUGGAUGAUGCGAGCGAGGGACCAACGAGUCCCGCGGUUAAUGGUACGUCAUCACCCCGUGAGAACGGUCUUGACAAGGUAUCGUCGUUGAAUUCAAAUGUUCAAGUGAAAAAAGAUGUGCCACCCCACUCACCUCGCAGUGGUACAAGUAGCAAUGCAAGUACACCAUCGGCAAAAAAAAUGGAGGAGAGGGAGAAGCCAACGACACCGAUAUCAAAACCCAUGACACCUACAUCGGGCUCGGGAGUGAAAACAACUAGCUCGGGAAAGCUAUUGCAGGGGCCACCACCACCGGGAGUUGCUGGUGCAUAUCCACCGCAUUAUCCCCCGGGUCCACCGUCACAUCAUAUGCCACCCGGUGGACUUCAUCCUCACGUAGACAUGAUGGCGUACAACGGUUAUGGAGCACCUCGGGGACCACCUUCGCUUCAACAACUGUAUGAUCCUCAUGGUGGUAUGAGGGCACCUGCCGGAUCUAUUGGAGUACCCGGUGGAAAGCCUGCUUACAGCUUCCACGUGCCCAGCGAAGGACAGAUGACACCAGUCCCAUUUCCCCCAGACGCCCUGAUUGGUCCAGGAAUUCCGCGUCACGCCCGCCAAAUAAAUACUUUAACCCACGGUGAAGUUGUGUGCGCAGUGACAAUCUCAAAUCCCACGAAAUACGUGUAUACGGGAGGUAAGGGUUGUGUGAAAGUUUGGGACAUUGGUCAGGGUGCGGGGGGUGGUGCAAAACCAGUCUCCCAACUGGAUUGUCUCCAGCGUGACAACUACAUAAGAUCAGUGAAACUGUUGCCCGAUGGUAGAACUCUGAUAGUCGGUGGUGAGGCGAGCCAGCUCAGUAUCUGGGACCUUGCGAGUCCCACACCUAGAAUCAAGGCAGAGCUUACUUCAUCAGCACCUGCAUGCUAUGCUCUUGCCAUAUCACCAGACUCCAAGGUGUGCUUCAGCUGCUGCAGCGAUGGUCACAUCGCUGUUUGGGACCUCCAGAAUCAGACGCUCGUCAGGCAAUUCCAGGGUCACACCGAUGGUGCCUCCUGCAUCGACAUAUCUGCUGACGGCUCCAAACUGUGGACAGGUGGACUCGACAACACUGUCAGAUCGUGGGAUCUCAGAGAGGGCAGACAACUGCAGCAGCACGACUUCACCUCCCAGAUAUUCUCACUGGGAUACUGUCCAACUGGCGAGUGGCUUGCUGUUGGAAUGGAGAACUCCAAUGUCGAAGUCCUUCAUGCCACUAAACCUGACAAGUAUCAGCUCCAUCUGCAUGAGUCCUGUGUUCUGUCGUUACGAUUUGCAUCGUGCGGAAAGUGGUUCGUCUCCACUGGCAAGGACAAUCUUCUGAACGCUUGGCGCACACCUUAUGGAGCCUCGAUAUUCCAGUCAAAGGAAUCAUCGUCGGUGUUGAGCUGUGACAUUUCAGCUGACGACAAGUACAUCGUUACGGGCUCAGGCGACAAGAAGGCCACUGUAUACGAGGUCAUCUACUAACGAGGGCACACGUACACACAUCAAUCAACUACGACACCUGUGAAGCCUUUCUCGAUAUAGACACUCGAAAGUGUUAUAACCCGUGACAAAACGAAAUAUUCGAUUCCCUGCAAAUACAGUUAUUGGUAAUGUUACGCCAUUGAUAUUGUUGUUGUUAUGAUUGUUGUACGAAUGGCGCGCAAUGCCGAAUGGAAACGAGAAGUUUAGUACCACGAGAGAUUGACAAUUGAUGCUUCGAUCAAGCGCCACUAUGUUGAACAAUUGAGGCGAAGUUUGAUAGCACGACUUUAAGAUUUUUUUUUUGUUCAUUCAUUGAAUCAUCAGGGCUUGUGCUGUUAGGAAAUGAAUGAAAUUUCAUGGACGAUUGACUGGCAAUUUUCCGAACAGCGGCACUGGACGUAAUUUUAAAGAGAAAAAAAAAUCGAGAAAUGUCAGGUGUCGGUGAAAAUUCGAGGAAAUUCUAGAAAUUGCGGGGGCAUGACGACGAAAACCCUCGAUCUUGAAUUCAGAAAUUUUCUCGUUUUCUGUUCAUUAUCGAGAACGAGUGGAACGGAAAUUGACCGUUCUGUUUGAUUUUUCAAGGGAAUUAUAAAUUUUCAAUGACGUGCUCUGAAAUUUCUGUGGAAUAGCAAUACGAAAAUCAAAUGUUCGGAAUUUGACACGGAAAAUUCAGACGGAAAUUUUUUAAUAGUGUAACCCCGAGGCUGAUAUCUACGCUAAGUUAUCACGAAUUUAUUAUUAUGAUUCGCAUGAGAAAUUGAGAGUGCGAGAAAUAGUGUUUGCAUGAGGAAGAGAAGUUUUCAAGUGAUAGACGUCGGGUCGUUACUUAUGUACACUUUGUAUAUAAUCGCGUUACACAUACUAUCAUAUUUUUAUACUUCGUCUACAGUCGAUUAACAAAUAAUGAGGGAAACUACAGAUUCCAUCGAUUAAUGAAUUGUACAUAGAGCAUUGUCACCCCAUGUUGUAAAUUGUUAUAGACAGAAUGGACGAAAGGGAGGGAUAAUUAGUAAUAAAA